GCCGUUCGGCCGGUGCGCAACGGUGUAGGUAAGAUGGCCGACUUUUAUUUGAUCGAAAACAAUCGCGCAGUGCGGACGCAAAGCCCGAUCGCUCCGCUGCUGCUCCCCGGGUGCGAUCAGUGAGGUGUGUGAUGUUCUUUUUCGGAAACACUUCUUGUACGCAACGCGACACGACGAGGCAGAGCACCGUUUCGGAGUGUGCACUUCUGCUCGCUGUUAAAGGAUCCUGCAUUUCUGUGGAGUGUGUGUGUGACAAAUAGAGAAGAAAAAACAAGCGAAGGAUUUUAAUCGUGCAAACUUCAUUCAAAAUUCCUCCCGCGUGCGUGCUUUAGAUCAAACAACGUGUGUGUGAGUGUGUGCGAUCGUUUUGUACGAUCGUGUGUGCCGUGGUGACGAAACGACAGUGUGUGACGCCAAAACCAAAACACACCCGCGUCGAUCGAUCUUUGCGUGCGUGCGUGCGCGCAGAACAGGAACAGCGAGGGCGUUUAACUUGUGCCCUGUUCUUGCAUGUAUGUGUGUCUUUGUGUUUGGGUGAACUCGCGCCGUAAUUAAGUCGUACGAUAAGACAGCGCGCCGGUUUUUCCGUAGGCAGGAGGAAGGCGCACCAAUGUCAAACACAGUGUGCGGUGGGCGCUAGAUCGCAAACUGGCCUGCAAUCGCAAACAGUCGUCGGCGCGCUUCAAAGAUCGGCAGCGGAUCGUGCGGGAGAUAAACAAAUCCACCCCCCCCCCCCCCCCCCCCCCCAUUGGCGGCGUGCGUGCGUGAAACACAAGCGAUUUUUUUUACCGACGGUAAAAACGCGCUCAAACUUUUCUUCUUCUGCCAACUUCACGAUCCCUUGGUUCGCGCGUUAAGCUGGCAAAGUGCGGGAAGCUCCGAAAUUAAUCGUCACGACGAUUUUGUAACCGUGCUGUGGAGCUCUGCUGCGCCACGAUCCUUCCACGAUCGUUUAUGUUUGUGUGUUUAUGCUGCCGGGCGAGCGCGCUCUCUCUCUCUCUCCACCCCUGUAUACGCUGGGUAUGCGACCCACCAGCCAAAGCGAGACAAGUAAGACAUAAAUAACAGGAAAAACUGCAGGGCGCAAGGGCAGAGCCCACUCAACUUCGACCUUAAAGGCAGAGGGCUGCACCGGGAAGAGGCUAAGCGAAGGGGAGGAAAGUCGAACAGCCGAAAACAACAAAAAAAAAGCAUCUUUCCCUCUCGGCGGCUGCUGCUGCUAGCAAACAGAGCAAGAACGACCAGGAGAAAACAAGUGGAAAGGAGGAGGAGAGAAAGGAAAGAAACACCCGAGAAAGGCGGAAGGGCGGAAACACACACGCACCAGCUCGCAAGAAAGAGCGAAGGAGAUCGAGGGCCCAAUUUUGGGAAGAAAACAAAGUACGAAAGGUUUUUUUUUGUCUCGCUCUCUCCCGGUGUUGUGUUGUGCUGUGUGCGGGAAAAAAGGUCUUCAGUGCGUACACCAACACACGCGUGUGUCUGUGUUUGUGUGUGUGUGUGUGCAUCGCUGUGUCUGUGUGUGCGAGUUUUCCUCGAUCUUUUUUUCAGUUUUUCGGGUGUGCGUGGAUGAUCGGCACCACCGCCGAAGAAGACACACAACAGUGCGCGACAGUGUCGGUCGAUCGUCGAGUUCUCGAGUCCGUUUGUUCCGCAGUGGCUGGUGGAAGCUCCGGUGCUUCCGGCAAAACGCAGCAAAAAAAUAUCGAGUGCGUGGUUGGGGUUGCUCCCUUGCCGAGUUGUUUGACGGCUGAAGUAUCGUGUGCUCGCGGAGUAGAAAAGCCGCAUUCCGAGCAAGAAAAAGAAAAGUGUCCUGUGAGAAAGUGGUUUCCUUCCUGUGUUUGUGUGUGUUGGUGUCUUGUGGCCCUCAGCAAAAGGGCUGGUCCUUUUACGAAUAAGGCAGGUGGUUGUGCAGCUCGUGUAGCACACUAAUCAACCUCUCCAACGACGGAAUAACUCCGCGAGAUUCGGGUGUGCAGUAGUAGGCCGCGCCACAUUCCGUGAAGCUUUGUGUGCAGUGUGCAGUGUGCGGUGGAUUUCUGUGGCAGAAGAUGUGUCACUCAGCCAACAUCGGCCGUGUCGUGAUCUAUGGUUUCGAUCUAAAUUUCUCCCUACGGUCUUGCAAGCGUGCAUAGUGUGUGUGUGGGGGGGUUCGGUGAAGAAGUUGUGGGAAUCAAACCCAGGCCGCUGUCUGUCGGCAGAGCAGGUGGUGGAAUGUGAAGAAGAAAGUGAACGAAAUUCCUCGAAAGCAACAAAAAAAAAUUCCUCCCAAGAGGAACACUGCCCUCAAGUUUCGAAAAUAGUGUUUAUAGUAGGUGAACCGCACCAGCUUCCUACUCGGACGCGCGGUGCAAACUAGCUGGAUAGCAGGCAAACACGCUCAAACUCAGAAACAAUGGUGGUACCGACGAUGGAUACCCUGCCGAGGGUACCGGACACCCACGGCGACACCGUGGACGAGAAAGUAUUUUCCGACCUGUACAUCCGAACCAGCUGGUACGAUGCGACGAUAGCACUCGAUCAAAUAGAAAAGGGUAAAGCACGGGGGAGAAGGUCCUCAGUGUACAUGCGCUCCCUCUUCCAGUCCUAUCUCUACAACCUCGGCUGUUCGAUACAGAAGCACGCCGGCAAGGUCCUAUUCGUGGCGAUACUGGUACUCAGCACGUUCUGCGUCGGGCUGAAAUCGGCCACGGUCCACUCGAAAGUGCAUCAGCUCUGGAUACAGGAAGGUGGUUCGCUCGAGCAUGAGCUAGCCUACACGCAGAAAUCGCUCGGCGAGAUGGACUCCUCCACGCACCAGCUGCUAAUCCAAACGCCCAAAGAUAUGGACGCCUCGAUACUGCACCCGAACGCGCUACUGACGCACCUGGACGUGGUGAAGAAAGCGAUCUCGGUGACGGUGCACAUGUACGACAUCACGUGGAGCCUCAAGGACAUGUGCUACUCGCCCAGCAUACCGAGCUUCGAUACGCACUUUAUCGAGCAGAUCUUCGAGAACAUCAUACCGUGCGCGAUCAUCACGCCGCUGGACUGUUUCUGGGAGGGCAGCAAGCUGCUGGGGCCAAAGUAUCCCGUCCAUAUACCUGGCCAAACGAACAAAGUGCAGUGGACCUCGCUCAACCCCCAGACGCUGCUGAAGGACAUCAAGGCGCAGAACUACCAGUUUCCGUUCGAAACGCUCGAGCAGUACAUGAAGCGGGCCGGUAUCAGCACCGGCUACACGGAGAAACCCUGCCUCAACCCGAAAGACAAGCAGUGCCCCGAUACGGCACCGAACAAAAAGUCGGGACAGGUACCGGACAUUGGCGCGAGCCUUACCGGCGGUUGCUAUGGCUUUGCCGCCAAGUAUAUGCACUGGCCGGAAGAGCUCGUCGUUGGUGGUGCGGUACGCAACCGCACGCACCAUCUCCGGUCGGCGAAAGCGCUGCAGACGGUCAUUCAGCUGAUGGGUGAACGGGAACUGUACGACUACUGGAACAAUCACUACAAGGUGCACCACAUUGGGUGGAACCCGGACAAGGCGGCCGAGGUGCUGAACGCUUGGCAGAAGAAGUUUUCCGCCGAGGUGAACAAAAUCAUGCAGACGGAGGUGAAACCGCUGUCGUACUAUGGGGUGUACGCGUUUUCGUCGGCAACGUUGGAUGAUAUACUUGGGAAACACUCUAACCCGAACCCGAUCAGCCUUGGGAUUGGUAUUGCGAUUAUUUUGCUGUACACGGCUUGUACGUUGCUGCGCUGGAAGGAUGGCAUCAAUGGGCAGAGUGGAGUCGGUGUGGCUGGUGUGUUGUUAAUCACUGUAACGACAGCCGCCGGGCUGGGCUUCUGUGCGCUGCUGGGGAUCGCUUUCAAUGCCGCCACGACGCAGGUCAUUCCGUUUCUCGCGCUCGGGCUCGGCGUUGAUCAUAUCUUCGUGCUGACGCAUGCGUACGCGGAGCGCGAUACGAGCGAACAGACGGGCCAGGUGCUGAAGAAGGCAGGGCUGAGCGUACUGUUUGCCGGGGCGUCGACGGCAGGGUCGUUCUUUGCGGCCACCCUCAUCCCGGUGCCUGCGCUGCGUGUCUUCUGCUUCCAGGGCGCGAUCCUGACGAUGUUCAACCUGGCCGCCGUGCUGCUCGUGUUCCCGGCAAUGAUUUCGCUCGAUCUGCGCCGCCGACGGUCCGGGCGGGCGGAUGUGCUUUGCUGCUGCUUGCCAGCGCUCCCGAGCACCACGCACGACCUCAACACGCAGCGCAGCUACCAUUACCAUCAGCAACCGCAACAGCAGCAGCAGCAGCAACAGCCGCAAAACAACAUCGAAGCGCAACGCCACGAGGAAGAGACACUGAUCGAGUGUCAGUCGAAAUCGUGCCUCAGCUUCUCGCUGUCCCGAUUUGCGAUCAAACACUACGCUCCGUUCAUUACGCGCAGCUCGGUGAAGGUGUUCGGGAUGCUGCUACUAUCCGGCAUCCUUGGUGUCUCCCUAUUCGCCUCCAUGAAGCUCCCGGACGGGCUCGAGCUCACAGACCUCGUGCCGCAAAACACGAACGAGCACCGGUUCCUGAGCGUGCAGGGCAAGCUGUUCGGCUUCUACAGCAUGUUUGCCGUCACGCAGGGCGAUUUUGAGUAUCCGAACAAUCAGAAGCUGCUGCACGAGUACCACGAAGCGUUCGUGCGCGUUUCGCACGUGAUCAAGAACGAUAACGGGGGGCUGCCGGACUUUUGGUUGAGCUUGUUCCGCGAUUGGUUGGUGAAUUUGCAGCGUGCGUUUGAUCGGGACUAUCGGGAGGGACGGAUCACGCAGGAACGGUGGUACUCGAACGCGAGCAAUGAUGCGAUCCUGGCGUACAAGCUGCUGGUCCAGACGGGGCACGUGGACAACCCGAUCGACAAGAGUUUGGUGACGCAGGUGCGGCUGGUCGACUCGGAGGGUGUGAUCAAUCCGGAAGCGUUCUACAACUACCUGUCCGCGUGGGCUUGGAACGAUGUGCUCGCUUACGGUGCUUCGCAGGGUAACUUACGACCGGAGCCACGGGAAUGGUUUCACACACCGUCCGACUUUGAGCUGAAAAUCCCGAAAAGCGCACCGCUCACCUACACCCAGCUGCCGUUCUAUCUGCACGGGCUGAGCGAUACGGCCGACAUCAAGACGAUGAUCAGCCAGAUACGCGAACUGUGCUCCCGGUUUGAGUCGCGCGGACUGCCCAACUAUCCCUCAGGCAUUCCAUUCAUUUUCUGGGAACAGUACAUGAACCUACGGCCGGGACUGCUGAAAGCGAUCGGCUGCGCCCUGUUGGCGGUGUUUGUGUUCGUCUCGCUGCUGCUCCUGUCCGGCUGGGCCGCGCUGCUGAUCGUGCUGAACGUGCUGAUGAUGCAGAUCCAGCUGCUCGGCGUGAUGAUCCUGCUCGGCAUCAAGCUGUCGGCCAUACCGGCGGUCAUACUGAUCGCCAGCAUUGGGCUGGGCGUCGGCAUCACCGUACAUGUGGCGCUGGGCUUUAUCACCUCGAUCGGCAAUCGGGACCGGCGGGUAAAGCUCGCCCUCGAGCACUGCUUCGCCCCGAUCGUGCACGGCGUCAUCACGUCCGCACUGGCCAUCUUUAUGCUGUCCACCUCCUCGUUCGAGUUCGUCGUGCGCCACUUCUUCUGGCUGCUGCUGUCCGCCGUCCUGAUCGGUGCCGUCAACGGGCUGUUCUUCUUCCCCAUCCUGCUCAGCCUGGUGGGCCCGGGCGCGGAAAUCAUCCCGCUGCAGUACGCGAACCGCAUUUCCACACCGUCGCCACCGCCGAAGCGCAUCAACAAGCUGUCGAGCGGUAAGCCGAUCGUGCUGAACAACAAACGAUCGUCCUGCUCGCGCAGCUGCACCAAGCCGCAUCACCACCACAAGCACAACAAUGUGAACCUGAGCAACGAGCCGUCGCUGACGACGAUUACCGAGGAGCCACAGUCGUGGAAGAGUUCCGCCUCGUCCAUACCGUCGAUACACGAGAAAACGACCGGCGGAUCAUCGAUGGGCCAUCAUAGAUCACUGUCCGGGAUGGUGGGCGGUGGUGGUGGCGGUGGUGUUACCGUUGGUCCACCUCCUCCCUCGGGCACUUCGCUUGGUGGGCCCGGUGGUGGUGUGGGCAUGAUGGGCGAUGGUAAUCUGAACGGUGUCGGGGGUGUUUACAGCCAUCCCCAUGCGCACCACUACCACCAUCACCAUCAUCAGCAGGCGCCGGAGCUGCAGAGCAUUGUGCUGCAGCCGGAGGUGACGGUCGAGACGCACCACCACGGGGGGGACCACCAAAACACGAAGGUGACGGCGACGGCCAACAUCAAGGUGGAGCUGGUGACGCCGGGCCGGGCAGCAAGGAUGAUGCACACGACGGCGAGCAGCAGUAGCGGCAGCACGGGCAGCAGUAGCUCCACGAGCAGUAGCACGGGCAGUGCCAGCAGCUAACCACUCGCUCUCGCUCUUUUAUAGACUGUGAAGCGAAGGAGGAGGAGGAGUAAGACGACGAUGAAGCGGGUCCUGCAGGUUAUUAACACCAACGAAUACUAAUCCUUAGGUUUUGUAAGUUUUGGAGCGUGUAGAAAAUAGUAAUAAUGUUAAUGCUUAAAAUAGUUAUGACAGCACGAAGUAAGAAAACUAGACCAAUCUCUACCAAUCGAACGAACCAAUUCAAACAUUAAAUUAACGAAACAAAACAAAAACGAACCACUAAUCAACUUUAGUGCGUUUCUGUUGUACGUGUAGGCAUCAUAUACUGUAACACCGAUAAGGAAAUUACUGUUUUGUUUUUGUAGUGCGCUUUUCAUCUAUUAUUAUCGCCAUCCCAUCGCCUUGUCUUUCCCACAAUCAUCAUGCCAAACCGCCCUUCCCAAUGUGAAUGUGUAAAUAACGCGUUAAGAGGUGUGCUCUUUUUGUUGUUUUAAAAGUUUUAAAACAAGCAAAAAAUUCAUUAUUUAUUGUGUCCUUUUCCCCAAUCCUGCUUUCCCAGCCGAUCCCGAUUCCCGAUUUUUAUCUUUUCCGACCGAUAUUAUUGUAACUUCUGAGAGCUAGAAAGUAUUAUUUUGCAUAAUGAAGGGGAUGGGUGCACUUAUGAAACAUUGCUGUUUUGUUGAAGAUAAUGUUUCUUACUGGGUGUACUCUUUUUUUAAAGAAGGUAUUUUUGUAUGUUAAGAAAAGCAUAUAUAAGAAAAGACGGGAAAGAGAAAGAGAAAGAGAAAGAGAAAGAGAAAGAGAAAGAGAAAGAGAAAGAGAAAGAGAAAGAGAAAGAGAAAGAGAAAGAGAAAGAGAAAGAGAAAGAGAAAGAGAAAGAGAAAGAGAAAGAGAAAGAGAAAGAGAAAGAGAAAGAGAAAGAGAAAGAGAAAGAGAAAGAGAAAGAGAAAGAGAAAGAGAAAGAGAAAGAGAAAGAGAAAGAGAAAGAGAAAGAGAAAGAGAAAGAGGAAUAUAUAUAUAUAAUGAAGGAAAAAAACACACUUAAGAGAUUGUAGAUCAAACCUGUUUAAUAGCUGUUUAAGAUCCUAUUAUGCAGUUUUGGGGGAAAUGGGUCAUUUGCUCCCCGACCCAGCUCUGCUUAAUGGAGCUGAAUCAUAGUAGGUUAUGAAAACGUUCUUUUCUUUCCCUCGCGCAUCUGCUCAUGGCUCACUCUGAUGUACAUUUUGUUCUAUUUCACUCAUCUCCAUACACAUUUUUUUCUCUUUUUCUUUUUAUCUCUCUCUCUCUCUCUCUUUAUUUCUCUCUCGUUCUGUUCCGUGUUCACUAUCGCUCACUUACAGGCUCAUUUACUCACUCACUAUCGUAAGGAUGCUGUGUAAAUAGUAUUCUUUGAGCAUUUUUUUUUUUGUUUAGAAGAUAGCGAAACAGAACACAAACACACACAAAAAAGGGGCUAUUAAAAGUGUAAUAAUUGUAAAUUGUGCGAAACGCAGGGCAGAGAAAAGCAACGGAUGGAGAAGAAAAGCGCCAAGUCAGCAUGAAACCAAUCAGUACUUAAAUGUUUAAAGUAAUUCAGCUAAAAGAUGUGUUGCGAGGAAGGGGAGCGAGAGAGUAGAAGCUAGAAGCGGUAAUGCGAUUCCUGAACUGACAAACAAAAAAUCAUUUGUAGAUCAUUCUAUUAAGUGAAGUUUGUGCGCGGGAGGAAAACGAUCGAACGAAAACACAGAACAAAGUUUCAUACACAACAACAAAAAGCGUCCUUUUCACACUCACACACACAUACCACCCUUACAUUCAUGUAUACCGCAAAAGUAUCAAAGACACAAGCCAAACUGUUAAAAGAAAGAGAGAACAAAUCGACGAACGCGUGGAGAGAACGAUGGAAAAGUAGAAAAUGUCGAGCAAAAUAUACUCCCAGCGAUGGUUUUUAAUGUGGAAAUGGAAGUGUAGAAGAAGAAGAAGAAGAAGAAGAAAAAUAAGUAAAAACAGUAACAAAAUGAAAGAAAGAAACAAAAAAAAACACACGCACUGUAAGUAAACACUAACAAGAGAAAACAAAACCCACCUAAUUAGAGAGGGAAAAGGGAAUUUUGAGAUAAGCGAAAUGUAAAUUAGAGAGAAAUUAGAGAGAGA